UGGAGACUGAAGUAUAUAUUCUAGAACAUGAGUCCUAUGGUUAAGUAGGUCCCAGUGAGUCUACCUGGAGAGUGAGAAAUUGGAGUUUUAUAUUUGUAUACGAAUAAGAAAGCAGUGGCUUGUUGCAUUGUCUGCCAAAAAGAUCAUGAUAAAGCAUAAGAAAUUGCUUGCCAUCCUCUUGAUACUUGUGGCUUUUGCUUCCUUCAUCAGUUUCAAAAGUAUUCAGAAGCAAAACAGAAUUACAGAAGUACUUUUUAGAUUUUUAAUUCCCAAUGAAGCCCCAGCUGAUGGAAAUGUAAGAUCAUUGGAAACUUCAAAUAUUCUGACUCCAAAUGACGUCCUGGGUAAAGGAAAUGGUAUCCUUAUGUUGGAGAUCUCCGAUAGAAUGGAUCUACCACCAUUGGUGUUGUGUUCUGUUGAGUCUGCAGCUCGUGUAUACUCCCGCAGACCAGUGGCAUUUUUCAUGAGAGGUCUACCUGACAUAAAUUCAACAGAUUAUCAGGAAAAGGCACGAAAAAGAUUUCCAACCCUAUCUGCUUUUGACAAUAUUUACUAUUUCCCUCUUCGAAUGGAUAAACUGUAUUCUGAUACUCCUCUACUGACCUGGUAUAAAAAGGUUAACCCUGAAAAGGAAAUGUACUGGAUUCAUGUGAGCUCAGAUGCUUGCAGAUUUGCAUCGAUGUGGAAAUAUGGCGGCUUAUAUAUGGAUACAGAUAUUAUCUCAAUGCGACCAAUUCCAAAUAAGAAUUUUCUUGCAGGUCAAAGCUAUGACGUUUGCAGCAGUAGUGUUUUUGGACUUGCUCCUCAUCAUAAGUUCACAUGGGAAUGUAUGGAAGACUUUGUAAAAAAUUACAAAGGAGAAGAAUGGGGAUAUCAAGGUCCAGGUCUCUUCACACGUGUUUUGCUUAGAUGGUGUGGGAUGCCCAAGUUUGAAAGUACAGCUGAUGCUAGGUGUGGAGAUAUCUCCUAUCUACACCCUGAACGUUUGUAUCCUGUUCCAUGGAAUUCUUGGAGAAGGUAUUUCGAAGUUUGGAAUCCAUUACCAACCUUUAAUGACUCUUAUUCUCUACAUCUGUGGAAUUUUAUGAACAAAAAAAAAGAACAAACUGUGUUUCCUGGAAGUAACACAUUAGUCGAGUACCUUUUCCAACAGUACUGCCCUACCACCUAUGCGUCUCUGUUAAAUAAUAAUGUAAAACAUCUGUAGUGAUUUUCUAAGAGAUUAUUAUUAUUUUUUUCUUCAUUCUGGAUUUGUGUAUUUAUAUUGGUUUAAAUUCCCAAUUAAUUCAUCUCCCUAGUUUGAAA